UUGGGGCAGCUGGCCCCACCUCACCUGCCAAACCCUAUAACUGCAGGACUGGCCACCGCGCAGCCAGGCCAAACCUGCCCGGCUUCCCGAUCCGCAGGGUCCCCGCGGAGACAGCAUGGCUGCUCAGCACUCCCAUCUCCUGUUCUUCACCUGUGUGCUGGCCCUCCUAGCCCCUCUUCUUGCUGUGGACAUUGAAAACCUGAACAUAUUAAAUGGAAGCUUAGAUGAAAUCAUUAAUCUCCCUCCAGAGGAGCUCAACUCGGAUCAAGAUGGAGAAAACAAGUGGCAGAGCAGAUCCAAUGAACUUCGGCAGGCAGAGCACCGCAGUUGGCCCAAGGACUGCAGUGAGGUCCCCGCUGGCAGCCCCAGUGGCAUCUACAUCAUCCAGCCCGCAGGACUCCACCACCUCGUGGUGUACUGUGAAAUGAAUGUAACAAAUGGAGGCUGGACGGUCAUCCAGAGGAACCGCUACAACACAGAGAUCACCUGGGCUGAAUCCUGGAGCACCUACAAGUACGGCUUUGGGGACGUGCAGAGUGACUACUGGCUAGGCACCGAGUACAUCUAUCAGAUUGCCAAGCAGAAGGUCUACCAGGUCAAGUUUGUCAUCCAGGACGCCACAAACGCAACCAAGUUUGCAGACUACAAUCUCUUCAGUCUGGAAGAUGUGUCCCAAGGUUACCGGUUGAGGCUGGGAACUUACACAGGAACUGCAGGGGAUGCCAUGACUUCAACCAGUUCUUCCACUGUACAUGACAACAUGAAGUUCUCUGCUAAAGAUCAGGAUCAGGACACUUCCACUGGGAACUGUGCCUCCAGCAGUGGGGGUGGGUGGUGGUACUCAGCGUGUUAUUCUGUACGGUUGAACGUCAAGGGUGGCAUAACAUGGGGUGGCCUGUGCAAUGGGAACUGCAAAGCCUCUCUCAUCCUCAUCAAACCAGCUUCCUACUGCUAGUUGCAUUUUCCUUUCCUAUCUGUCCAACCUGAAGCUAAACCUAGCUGUGCAAAGAGAUGGAAAAGGCAAAUUAUGUCAUAGCCAAACCUGUUGUCCUAGUGGAUCUUUUCUGAGGGUAGUCAUAUCACAGUUACCAAAGAAACUAAAUCACUUUCCCCUUCUCCCUCCUGUAAAUUUCCUGCACUCCUCAACUGGGCCUUUAUCCUUUUGCUUAGAGCCAGAUCAUUUUAAUUAUGUUAAUAAUCAGAACAGUCAUUUGCAAAAUCUGGGGUUUCUGGAUCUGUAGUGUCCUUCAGAUAAAAUGUGAAACUGUCAAACACCAAUGGAUGUAUCUGGUGGUGUAAAUUAAUAUACAUCCUUGACUUCAGGCAAACAACAUAAUUUUCACUUGCUGAAGAUCUGGCUCAAGUUACUAAUAUGCAGAGUCAAAUUCCCAAUCUUUGUACCUCUUGCAUUUCAGGCUUAGUAGUUGUUAAAUAUGCAAAUAAAUCUGUAUUCCAAAAACUA